AUGAAAAUAUGGCGGCAACGUGUGUCUCGCCCCUUGCGGGUACUCAUAUACCUUCUAGCACUUGUGCUCCUGCUGUGGAUAGUUCUCCCAUAUGACCACCCUCUCCGACUAUCGGCUCGUUUUAAUAUUAAAGCUUUCGGUACCGCCUUCACUUCUUACCUGGGGGGCCAUUGGUGGUUCUCGGAGCGCUCUACUUUCCCAAUAGUGCUAUCGGACGAUGUUGCUGUGUUGAUGAAAUCUGGAUUUGGGACAAAGGAUCGCAUCGCUGCUUGGUUAGAAGCUCACGAGCAGGAUAAAUUCAACAACCUCCUUCUUGUUGGCGACUUUGCCACACCUUCGGGACAACUUUUUAGCUACAAUGGCCGGCGCCUACCGGUUUUUGACCUCGUGGCUUGGAUGCUGGAAAAAGGAUACUUGUCUGCAGAGCUAGAGCACCCACGACUGAUGAAACAUUCUAACUUAAGCGCUGCGAUCUCUAACGGGGACGUGGAACUCGGGAAGGAACUAUCGAAGUCGUUCGGGUGGGAGCUGGACGCUCUAAAGUUUAUCUCCGGCCUCGAAUUAUGCUAUGACCAGAUGCCGGAUAAAAAGUGGUACAUUAUGGCAGACGACGAUACGUAUCUCAUGCAGCCUGCCCUCAAGCUACUACUAGAACAUCUUGACCCGGAAGUACCCUUGUAUGUUGGCAACGCGGUAGGUGACUACAAAGGUCGCUUUGCACAUGGAGGAUCCUCCGUGAUUCUAUCCCAAGCCACAAUGCGUUUGCUUUUCUCGCACCAUGAAGUGGUUACCUCGGCCCAUCUGGAGUCCCUCGAAGAAACGUGGGGCGAUAAACUGCUGGCGACAACUUUGCUCAAAUUAGGCAUCUAUCUCGACGAACGAUAUGUCAUCUUUUUCAAUGGGGGUCCACCCCGAGCCAUAAGGGUCACAGAGGACCGCUUGUGCGCGCCGAUCAUUUCUUUUCACAGUUUAACUCCGUCCGAGAUGAUAAAUGUCGGUCGGAGGUUCCAACAUAUAGAUGACGUUCUUCUUUGGAUCGACUUGUGGGAUAUUUAUGGUGCCCCUUCUCUCGACUCGCCGAUACUCCAGUCAGGCCGGAAGAACUGGGACCAUGUUGGAGGCUUGGAUGAAUCAACCAUGACCGUCAAUGACAUUUCAACAAUAGAGGGGUGUAUCCACAUUUGCCAUAACUACUCAAAAUCUUGUCUGGCUUGGACCUGGGAGUCGGAGAAACAGCUCUGUCAUAUCAGCAACUGGAUGGUGCCAGGAGAACAGGCUGAAGGCAAAACUUCGGGUAUUAAUGUGCCACGCGCGAAAAAUCUUGUUAGCUUGUGUCGAUCGUGA